AUGCUCGCCGUGGCCAGCUCCCUGUCGCUCAACAGCGACUUUUCCGAUGACUCUCUCGACAGCAUAUUUGAUCGUCGUGAACUGGUUUCCAGCAUCGACACCACUUUCUCGGACAUCAGUGCCCAGUGCGCCUGUCUGCCCGUAUUGACGGCAGCCACGGCACAGGCCCAAAAAUCACCAGUGCGGGACCCGCGGGCGGAACUUCUGUACAUCUUGGCCGCCGCCGAGGAUCUUGAAAAACAAGAAAAGGAACGGGUGAAGGAAGAGAAGGAAGAGAAGGUGGAACCAGCUUCAGAACAGGAGUUGCAGACGUUUUCUGCCAGCAAACCGCAGACCCCAACCGAAUCUCACAAACCCAAAUUUCGCAGCCGCGAGACACGCGCCAACUCGAGGUUUCUACGGCUCUAUGCCCACGACACUGCCGCUCGUGCCCACGGCAGACUUCCUAUGCUCAAUUCGCCCGAGGAACUUGCGCUUCUUCGAAGAAUCCCAGCACUCCGUCGUUUCGACAAAAACCACGAUUUGGCCAGAAUCUCGGCUCUUUCGUGCAAGAAGCUCUGGGACGCCGUGGUGUUGCCUCCUCGGGCCGAUCCGCUCCCCAAGUCUACAGUGGACAGCUACGCGUAUUUGCGUAUGGAAGCCAAAGGCGGGUUGGUGAUUGAGCGUGGCAGAAACGGUAGUAAAGUUGUGCCUUGGGCUCCCCACAGAAAAUGGGUUCCUCCUGCUGGUCAGAUGGGCACCGGACAGUACACCGUGAAAGGGUGGGUUCCCUCGAGGCUUGUCCCCAAGGAGUGA